AUGUGGGUCCUUGGGAAGAUCAGGGAGAGUGUGGAGAGCAUUCCUUUAGAGGUCAGUCGUUACGUGGGAAAGAGUGAGGAGGACGUGUCUUCUAAAAUAAUUUCUCACAAUCUGCACAACAACAUCCUCACGCCCGACAAGAUCCCAGAGUUCUGUCUGCCUCCGCGGCUCUGCAGGAGGAGCCCCCUGAUUGAAGCAGAGACAGCCCCGACUCGCCUGCACAGACACAAACAAAUACCAAAGAGCAGCACUUGUUCGAACACAACAAAUGUAAAGACCAAGGAGUCUAAAACAAAAAUUGGGGAUGCUUCAGUGGCUUGGGGGGCCACAAAGAAACCUUUGCCAUUCUCUGCAGAUGGGUAUGGGCUGGCUGGGAUAUAUGAGAGCCCCAACACUCGGAGAAAAGAGUCUUUGUUCCACUCAAAUUUGCCUGUUUACGUGCUCAACAGAAGAGCUCCCAUUGCAGCACCCAGGCUGGCAAAGGAGACAAACCUGACCAAGAAAACCUUAUCUGGGUUUUUCCCUGUGUUUUCAAGCAAGAGCCCGUCAGAGGCAGGAAGCACGGGGAGUGAAACACCUUCUUCCAGUGACUCCUCGCCCAUUAGUUCCCCUUACAGCACUAAAUCCUCCUUCUACAUCCCAUCAGGCAGUGGUCGUCUUAAAGCAGCAGUAUCCUGUCCACACUUACAUGACAACAGGGAGGAGAAAGGGAGGAUGAAGAGGGCUUUUUUAAGUGUGCAAACUUUUCCAAGUAGCCCCCCCACCUCAGUGGGAAGCUCGCUCACCCUCGCCCCACCUGUCCUCUUCCCACUGGAUGUUCUGCAGUGUCAGGAGAGGCUUCAGCGGGAGCACGUCCUGCCUCUGCAGGGCCGUGUUAAAGUGCGCCUCUCUGCAGAGAGCACCACAUUCUCCACCAACACGCUCUCAUCCCUCUCCACAGUCAGAGUUCGUGUGGUGUCUGUGGAAGGCCUGCAGGACGACUCUGGCCGGCAACCCAUCAACUGUUCAGUGAGUCUGUGUCUGACACCAGGAAAGCUGCAGCAACAGAAGAGCGCCACCAUCAGGAACUGCCGCAGCCUUGUGUUUAAUGAGGAUUUCUUCUUCACAGAGCUGAGUCGCGAGGAUCUGCUGGAACUGCAGCUGAGAUUAAAAGUGAUGGAUAAGCCUGCAGCUGGAACACUGAGGAGGGGGACAGUGAUCGGAGUCAUCAACAAACCUUUGUCUCAGUUACUUCAUCUUAAUAAAUGGUUGCAAAAAUAG